GCCUCAAAAAGUCUGCGGCUUUCCGGCGUGCGCUCUUGGUGACUUACUCGACCUCCUCAAGCACCACAGUGCCGUCCUCACUGCAAGAUCUUAAUACGCAGCUUUGCUUUUGCCUGUCGUUCGGUUUCUUGCGCAGAAGCUCGAGCCAAAAACACCAUAUCCUGGGUCAAUCCCUAUUGUGCUACCACCGAUUGCCUUAGCAACUGCGUCUGGGAGCUUUGAUUCAGCGAUGGCUUCUACAACCACGAUACCCUACGAGCCUCAAAAGGCUAAACCUUCUUUUGCCAAGGUUGCUGCUUCUUCGUACAAGCCCCAUACUCCCAAAGAAAAUAUCCCCAUGACCACAGCACCUGUAGUUGCGAGCUCACCACCAAUCGUCUCCUCACAGACACCCGCAAAUGCUUCCCCAGAUAGCGCAAACCCUCCCAUAACGCGCACAGAGAAGGAACAAGUCAAUACCAUUGCGAACAAAUCUGCUGGCGUUGUGUCCCGUAAUGGGCACUGGGAAAAAGGGCCUAAGCAACAAGGCCCCUCACAACCAGGCUCCAAGGACGAUGAAGUGGAAAAACCACGUGCGCCUAUCAUUGUAGGCAAGUCGCUCGCUACGGAAGACAAUUCUACCCAAUUGUCAUCGUCUGAUGGCUCGGCGAAACCUUCAAGCCUUGAUGGCAAGAGCGUUGCAUCCACUACUACAUUUGCCAUGGACGAGAAGGAAUCCCUACGUCCCGACGACAGUGCCAGUCUUAGAGCAGUUGAGGAAGAGGACAUCACAUCCCCUCCCGACUCGGUAGCUGCUGGUUCGCGCGUUGGGUCCGAUAGUGGUGUUGCUCGAGCGUUCCGGGACCAGCUGCACGAAAUUGCAGUAAUGGGACCAUUGCCACAGCGAGGUGCUCCCCCAGGACGCUUUCCGAACUUGAAUGCGAACGGCACACACAGCCUUUAUGAUCCUACCCAAUCCCAGAAUGGUGGAAAUAGACCAAUUUCUCAGCCGCUAGGCAAUGGUAUGCCCAAUGUUGCAGGAACACACAGCGUGCAAGCAACACCGGAUGAGAAGCUGAUCGAAGCCCUCGAAUCCCCGAGAGACCGACUCUUCGUCCUCAAGCUCGAGCAAGAUUUUAUUGACUUUGUCAAGGACUCUCGUGAAAACGAGUUGUCCUUACCCAACUGUAACACGUUUUAUAGGAUGCUUGCACACCGACUGGCAGAUUAUUAUCUACUUGGCCAUGUAGUCGACAACACCAUGACUGGCGUGAAAAUUACAAGGACUCCAUAUUGUCGGAUACCCCCUCCACUUUCAGGACUCCCUGUCUCUUCUAAGAAUACGAGUACUCCUCCAGUAGACCUCCCAGCACGCAAGAUCAUGCGCCGCGAGGAUGGCGCGAAAUCUGGUACCAAUACCACUGCAAACUCGGAGGGUCCUUCGAAGACCACAUCCGAAGUCGGCGGAGGUAGCGGCAGUGAAGGCGAUAACAACGAGGCGAACGGCACAGAAAGUAAAGACAAAUCAACCAUGACGAGAGAGGAGCGCGAAGCUAGAUAUCGAGAAGCACGAGAGCGUAUCUUUGGAAGCGUCGAAAACGCGGAGAGCGACGCGAAUGACGCAGCAAGUGGCGAAGAAAAGGAUGCUUCAAGGUCGAGUUCGGCUUCUGGAAAGAAGAAGAGCAAGAAGCAACGCAGUUACGACGAUGAUUUCGAGGCACGCUCACGGUACAAUGCCUAUUAUCCUCCGUACCAAGUCUCCGGUUUUGAGAACGACCAGAGCAUGUACUAUCCUGGGUAUCCAGGAGGGAUGCAAAAUCAGCAAUAUAAUGGCAUGAACGCGGCUACCUCACCCCCUCCCAACUUCAACUCUGGGUACCCGGUCAUGGUACCACAAGAGGCACAAAAUUCCUAUGGCUGGCAAGGCCAACAAUACCCACAGGCAAACGGGCCAAUGAACUACUCUAAUUAUGGCUCCAACCAGAACGUCUACGACCUAUCAAAUGACUUUCAACGCGGUAUGCAAUCGUUUCAAUCGGCUGGCAUGCCUUCUCAGGUAACUCCGAAAAUGUCAACCGCCCCCAUGGCACCCUACCAAGAUAAUUUCCAGCAAGCGAUGCCUAUGAAUCCAGGAUGGACCCAGCCCAACCAGCAGCCUACCUACCAGAUGAGCCAAGCGCCUUUCACUCCAAAUGGACCUUCUGGAAACCGCCCUCUGUCGGCUCCGAUGCAGGGGCAUCCUAAUCAUUAUGCCUAUGGGCAAUAUCCUCCGUCAGCAUACAAUGGCAAGCCGAAUAGAAAUCAACACCCCCUUCCGGGCAGUUUCAAUCGUCAACAGUUCAAUCCCCAGAGUCAAGCAUUCAUCCCUGGUGGCAGGUCCGUUCCCUAUCAAAUGCAGCAAAACAUGCCCGGCAUGAUGAAUCAGGGAAUGAACAAUUUUGGGAAUUAUCAAAUGCCCCCUGCCAACCAGAUGCCAGGACCAAUGUCAGGGCCAAGCCCUCCCUCUGUUCACCAACAGGCUUUCGGCUCCCCUAUGAGUACACACAACAUCGUCCCCGCGCCUAUGAACAACAGCUCAGGAGCCGGGCAAGCACCCUACAUGGUCAACUCCCAGAAUGCAAUGAUGGCCACGCCGACCUUCUCACAACCCACGCUGGCUCAAGUCCCGACUCAAAGCAGUAUCGCUAAGUGGGGUACGCCUUCUCACUUGCCGCCAAAACCACCAGCUCCGGCUCAACCACAGCCUCCUAAGUUCAAUCUUCCAGGACAAAGUGCAUUUCCAACAGGUCCACGACUUCCCACUAACAUCUAAUCUGGCGGCUCGAGUUCCCAUGGAUCCUCUACCGCGAGUGGAAUCAGGUGCUGGUCUGCCUCCUUAAAAAAAACUACCUAAUGGCUUUAUGACUUCUAGACACCAGUCAGCGGCUGGUUGCAUUGCGUCGGUGCUUCUUCUU